AUGGAAUGUGGUGAAGUAAAGACGGACCAUCAAGAGCGGAAUAUGCACCCCCUAUCACGAGUUGCUGUUACUAGAACCACAAGAUCAGCUGGAAGAGUUUACCCGCCAGGUUUCCCUGUGAUGAGACCGCACCAAAUAUCAGGGAUGAAAUCACCUUUGCGAACACAUCUCAGUCCAAUGUACAGAUUUUCAAAAACGAAAACCUAUAUGGAACAAUGUUUCGAAGUUAUCAAGGUCCUCGGAAAUGGAUCAUUUGGUCAAGUCUUGGAUGUAAAAUGUCUGGAAACAGGGAAAAGGUUUGCCAUCAAAAAAGCUCUACGAACAUUCGAAUCUUCUGGAAAACGGCAUCGUCAAUUGCUAGAAGUAAUAACCCAUGAAUCAGUCAUUCCCCAUCCGAACAUUAUACGAUUUGAAAAAGCUUGGGAAGAGAGAGGACGUCUUUACAUACAAACAGAGCUAUGCGGCCCAAAUUUGAAUGACUACAGAUCGGAGUUCGGACCGCUUUCCGAGGAUGAAUUGUGGACCGUUUUCGUGGACAUACUCAAAGCCCUUGAGCAUCUUCACUCUGAGGAAAUUCUGCACCUGGACGUGAAGCCUUCCAACAUUUUCAUCUCAUUGAACAGAACG